CUUUUUUAGACUAUAUUUUAUUAUAUAAAAUAUGGCUUCUAAUAUUACACAAGAAAAGUCUUUGACAUCAAAAGAAAUUGCUUUGUAUGUUGGAAUUCCUAUUGCCUCUUUGUGUAUUGCUGGUGGGAUAUAUUAUUAUUACACAAAAAAAUCAGUAAAGUUAGAACAGUUUCCUGAUAAUCAAAAUGCGUCUGAAUAUAUUCUUGUUCCUAAUGAAAACGAAUCUUCUACUGAAAUUGCAGCAUCUGAAAAGUCUAAAGGAAACAAAUACUUUAAAGCUGGUCGUUAUGAACAAGCAAUAGAAUGCUAUACAAAAGCGCUGAAACAUUGUCCUGAAGAUAAUUUAAUUGAUAUUUCUACAUUUUAUCAAAACAGAGCUGCUGCACAUGAACAACUAAAACACUGGAGUGAUGUUGUUGCAGAUUGUUCUCAAGCUAUCCAGUUAAAUCCAAAAUACACAAAAGCUCUUGGAAGGAGAGCAAGGGCAUACGAAGCUCUUGAUGAAAAAAGAAAUUGUUUAGAAGAUGUGACAGCUGUUUGCUUGCUUGAAGGAUUCCAAAAUCAACAGUGUAUGCUUCUCGCUGAUAGAAUACUUAAAUCAAUAGGGAAGGAACUAGCUGCAAAACAUUUUGAAAGUCGACCACGUGUUUUGCCGUCAUCUUUCUUUGUGAAAUCAUAUCUUGACUCUUUUAAUUCUGAUAUUUUUUAUGUUGAAAUUCCCGAAGACAUUCAAGAGUUUACUUCAUAUCAUAAAAUCAUUGAAGCAAUGAAAAAAAAAGAAUAUACUAAAAUUGUUGAAAAAUGCACUGAAGAAAUUGAAAAAGAUGGUAAAUAUAAAAAUAGAGCAUAUCUUCUUCGUGGAACAAUGUAUACUUUAAUGUGCAACAUACCAAACGCUUUGGCAGAUUUAAAUAAAGUGAUAGAGUUAGAGGAAAAUGAAACAAACAAUGAGCUCAAGAUAAAUGCUUUAAUAAAAAGAGGAAGUUUGAAGAUGCAAGAAGCAAAAGAUUCAGAAUGUUAUGACGAUUUUGAUCUUGCACUUAAAAUUAGUAAUAAAAAUGCAAAUAUUUUCCACCACAGAGGUCAGUUAUAUUUUCUCACUGAACGGUUGGAUGAAGCUAAAAAAGAGUUUGAAACUGCCAUUUCCUUAGAUCCAAAGUUUGUUGCGCCUCGUCUUCAGCUAGGUUAUUGUGUAUGUAAGCUGGCCAUGCAAGCUAUGUCAAUGAGUAUGAUGAAUGAGGCAAACAAAAUUUUAGAAGAAACUACUAAAUUAUUCCCUCAGUGUGCAGAAGCGUGGAGUCUUUAUGGACAGCUAUUGCAAGAUCAACAGAGGUUAGACGAAGCUUUAGAAAAAUUAGAAAAAGCAAUAUCAAUAGCGCCUGACAAUCCCACCACUUACAUUUAUAAAGGUUUGCUCAUGUUACAAUGGAAACAAGACGUGGAUGAAGCAAACCGAUUGAUAAGAAAAGCGAUUGAAAUUGACGAUAAAUGUGAUUUUGCAUACGAAACAUUAGCUACACUCGAAGUUCAAAAAGGAAAUAACGAAGAAGCUGUUCGUUUAUUUGAACGCGCAAUCACGUUAGUACGAUCUGAAUCUGAAAUGGCAAACACUUUUUCGCUUCUUGAAGCCGCUAAAGCUCAAGCGAAAGUGACAAAAGAGUAUGGUGUUACCCUGCCGCCGAUGCCAAUGUAAUAUUUCUUCAAUGUCAAUAUUUUGAUUUUUAAUAUUUAUUGGUAUACAAAA